AUAAUAACCAGAGAAUUUGAGGAGUUUCCUAACCACAAAAAAAAAGAAACAGAAGAAUGGAAAAGCUGUCGUCAGCAGCCGUAGUUCCUCAGCUUCUCCGCAACGUAAUCAUCGCCGUCGUCGUUUUCGCCGAUGAAUCUCUCCUCCAAAUCUCCGCAAACUCCAAACUCCUCGAGAAACUCCGCAUGUUCCUCGUCGCGUGCUUCCUCUUCUUCCUACGCUCGAUUCCAACCGUCGUCUCCUUCGCAAACUCUAGUCCGGAUAGAGGUUACAGCUUCACGGCAGAGAAGAAGAAUAAGAAGCUCGAGAUCGGCGACUGCGCGUCGGAGUCGGGCAUCGGUAGAGCGAUAUGGCAGUUGCUGUCGGCUAUGAACGAGAUCCCGGUGAAUUCUAGAAAGUAUGAAGUCGUUAGAUCCUUGGCGGAGAGACUAAUCGAGGAGAAUCACGGACAGAACUCGUUGGCCUUGUUCGACUUGAACCGUAGGGUUUUGAACGCGUCGUUUCGGAGAACGCUAGGCCGGUUAGAGGCGGCGGUUGAUAAGAACCGGAGCGGACCGGUUCGAAGUGGAUUGAACCGGGUGGUGAGAGCUGCGGUUAGAGCCGUUGGAGAUGGAUUCACGAGUUUGGGUGGGGAGGAGGCGGUGGAUCAGUCUGCGGAAACGGCGGAGAAGCUGGCGGCGGAGCUGCUUUGGUUGGCGGAGAAGAUGUCGGUUUAUGGGUUCGUUGAUGAAGCCGUUGAGAAAUGGUCUUCGGCUUCUAACUUGGCUUGGCUGGCGCUUUGGUCUGAACCAAGACUUCAAUGUUCUAUGGUCCAAAUUUCAGCCUUGUUGCUCAAGGAAGCAGCAGCAGCAGGAGAGAAAUGGGGAGAGAUAAAGAAGAAGAUGCUUAUCUCGUGGCUUCCGUUGCUGUGUCGUGCUAGCAACGGAGCGGAUAAACCGGUUUUGAAAAGCGCGGAAAGGGCUGAGCUAGAGAAAGUGUUGGAGAAGAUGAUAUCAGAGCUGGAAGAAGAGGAGCAAGAGCAAGUUCUAUCGCUUUGGCUUCACCAUUACACAGCCUGCUCUUCCUCCGACUGGCCUGACCUCAACGGCUCUUAUGUUCGUUGGUGUCAUUCUUCUCGCAAGCUUUUGCUCCUAAACUGUGAUGAUUCACAGACCAAAAGCUUAACUAAUUAGAUUUGUUAUAUGUAGUUUGCUCAAGAUUUCAAUACCACUUGUUGUUGGUAGGUAAGUAAAACAUAUGAUACAUUUAUGUGCAUUGGAAAUAGUCUAUAACUCUA